AGUAAGAAUCGGGUUUCCGGGACGGCUCGGGUAGCGACAUGUGGAGGUUGCCGUAAAGAUAGCUCGUGUGUUUACAUAGUCGCAGUAAAUUUGUACAUUAACGGAAAAUUCAUAAACAUUUGAUUAAAAAUGGCGUCCACGGGGGUUCAGGAUGACAGUGACGAUGGGAUGGACGAGUUUAUGGAUAAAUUUAAAACCCAGAGAUACAAAAAUGCUUUCAGCGAGAACAACUGGGAGGAGGUAAAAAAAUCUGUUUGGGUUUCAGCUUCAGAAAAUAUUUAGUUUUAUUAUGAGAGGGGCUGUGUCAGCUUCUGUAGAGCUAAUGUUGAAAGAGGUACAUUUUCUGACCUCUGUUGUUAUUUCUAUAUUUUCCAGGAGUUUAAUAAAGUCCCCAUGUUCAUGAAAACAGCCCCUGAAGAGAUUGACCCACAGCAGUAUCCAGAGUUAGCCUGUCUCCAGGCCAUCAUCCACGAUGAAGACAGAUCUCCAGAGGGUAGGUGGACCACAGCUGUCUUUAACAUCUUUCAUGUCAGGACAUAAAGAGACUGUUAGGUAUGAUCAUUUGUCCUAUCUCUCCACAGAGCAAGCCCAGAGCCUGAAAGAUGAGGGGAAUGUGUUUUUUAAAGAGAAGAAGUAUGAGAAAGCGAUCCUGGCUUACUCGGCAGGUUUGAAGAAGAAAUGUGGAGAUCAGGAGCUGGACAUGAUGCUGCUCACUAACAGAGCAGCAGCUCACUUUCACCUGGGUAUGAAGGACUCUUACUUCCGUACUCAGAAACAUGACAAGGAUAUUUCAAUAGAUAACAGUUGUGCCGGUAUCAAGAAUAUGAAUGUUUUACUUCAUCCAAGGCUUUUCUGGUUCUUCUCACUCAGGUAACAUGCGAUCAGCUUUCAAUGAUGCUGCUGCUGCCAAGAAGAUCAAACCAGACCACCUUAAAGCCUUAAUCAGAGGUCAGUACAAAGAAUGUAUGAGCCGAAGGAGCCAUAUUUAACCACAAGCGUCUCAUUUGCAAUGUUAACUUCAACAAAAUACAAUACUGCCAUAAAAGGAUAAUGAAAAAGUCGAUAAAUCUUGUAUUUUUUCAGGUGCUCAGUGCUGUAUUGAGCUGCGCAACUAUGCAGAGGCCCUGCAGUGGUGUGAGGAGGGGCUCAAAGCCCAUCCAACAGACAAGAAGCUGCUGGAGCUCAGAGCUGCAGCAGAUAAACACAAGGUUCAGACUCUCAUGGGUUUAUAAAUGAGACAGAAAGUUUUAGUUUCAGGAAAGUUUGAACAUGUUUUAUCUUUUUGUUCUUCAGAGAGCAGCUGAUAGAGAUGCAAGGAAGGCCAAGGCAAAAGAAAAGAAGCUGCUCGGUGCAAAGGAAGCUCUCCUCGCUGCUAUUAAGGUGAGUCAUUAUAACACAAAAGCUGGAGUUUAACUUUACACCAUUCUACGUCAGAAAAAUUAGUCACUUUUGCUUUAAUGAAAAACCUUCUAAUACCACAAACACACCCUGUAAGGACUCACUGGAACCUCUUUAAAAACUGACUUCCAGAGACGUUUCUUAUUUCUUAUAAGCUGAUUCCAGCUGUUUUUGUCCCUGUUGUUGUUGCACAUGUCCGAUAUUUGUUUCUGUGCUUUCUGCAGGAUCGAGGCAUCAAGCUCCUGCAGCCUGUGAAGUCUGGUCAGCGCGGUUCAGACAGUGAGGAUGAGGACAAAGGCUCCUCUGCAGCCAUAUCACAGCUGAGUCUGGAUGGACUCAGCUCUCAGGAGGUGACGGGGGCUCAGGUGUUCCUGGACGAGCAGGGCUCUCUUCACUGGCCCGUUCUCUUCCUCUAUCCUGAACACCAGCAGAGCGAUUUCAUCUCGGCCUUCAGCGAGAAUAACUGGUAUAUUAACUCCUCCCUGUGUGUCUACGCUUAUUUUAACCAUUUAUAGUGGGGUGUUGUUCAUCUUCCCUUCUCUUUUUCAUACAUUAAAACAUAAAUAUAAGUUACUUGAUUAAAAGUUAUCUUAAUCUUAAAUUUAGCUACCAAAUAACCACUUGAUUUCUAAAUCACUGUGUUUUUCCCUCCAGUUUUUCCGAUCACUUGGUGGUCAUGUUUGGAGAAGAACUUCCACCUUGGGACACGGACAGAAAAUAUCAGCCUCAAAAUUUACAGGUCUGUUUUUUUGCCUUAGAUCUACUCUUUCCUUGUAAGCAAAUAUGCAGAAGAAACCUUUAAUUUUCCCCUGAAACUGUUUCAAACAAAACCACAUCAUCAUCAUCCAGUAGCGGUCAGUAUCAUAAGUAUUUUUGCUCCUUUGUUCUGCAUCCUUACAUUUUUGAAUAAAACCUUUUCUUACAGACUACAGCGGGAAACAUUUUUGACACAUUUAGGUUUUUACUGAAGACCCAGAUUUGUGCAGCAGCAACCCAACAAAUAGAAGUGUUUGUAUCUUAAGUACAUGUUAUUUGAUUGAUCAAGUCCACACAGUUUUUUUUAGUGCACGUGUGUGUGUGUGUGUGUGUGUGUGUGUGUGUGUGUGUGUGUGUGUGUGUGAAAAUGUGAAAAUGUGGCCACAGAAACAUGCAAAUGAAUAUUUUUUUUGGCUGUCAUAGAAACGAACGUGUUAAACAAGAUUUAUCUUGAUUAGUUAGAGCAGUUGCUCAACUCUAAUAAGGCGCUAAAGGGAAUUUUCUCUGGGAAAGUAUUUUGGUUAAGAGGUGUGUCUGUGUGACCUUUAAUUUUAAUCCCUAAACAGAAUCAGCUGUUCUGAUUUAUAACAAUAAAAUGAUUGAAUUUUAACCGUCUUUAAACCAAACUUGACUUGUCCUCUUUUUCCAGCUGUACUUUGAAGAUGAGAAGAACGAGACUCUUUACCAAGUCCACCCUGAGACAUCGCUUUUAAAAGUGCUGCAACAUAAAAGGUAAACCAAUGAAGAAAAAAUAUCACGAUGAGUUAAAAGGACUCAUAAAUCACAUCAAACAACAACAGGAAGACAGACGAGGCAAGAAGUUUGAAGUUGGUAAAGCUCCCGUGAGGAACUUUCUGUCAUGUUGGUUUUGGCCACCUCUGUAAACAAUGUGAUAGUUCUGACAUCUUUGCUAAGUUUGUCGUGUACAUAUGUAAGUAGUGUUGUCCAAAAACAACAAAAAACUCACCUUUUCUUCUUCUAACAGUAAAAUAAAUCAGUUUUCCUCACUCACCAUCAAAUUAUUUAAAAAAGAAAAUAGAAAGGCUUCCUCUGCAGAUCGUAGGUCAUCUUGUCUGGUACCUCCCCCCUCACAGACGUUGAUGAUAGCCGUGUUUACUUCUGAGUCUGACAGAGCCCUCACUGUUCAUUUUAAUCUGAACUUUAACUUUUUUUUUUCUUUAAUCCUGGACUGAGUAUCUGUGACAGAUCGAUCUGUUAGGAAUCUUGUUUGCACCCUGCGAUCUGAGUUUUCUCCUUCAUCUUGAUUCAUUUUCAUUUCUAUUGUGUGAACAGGUUUUUUGUCAAAGGAGGCACUCCCAGCUUCAUCGUUCUGGUGAACGGCUCAUCGUUCAGGAAACAGUUUUUAACAGGGAAGAAAACUCAAGGACUUUAAGCCACAUAUCUUCAAACCCUGAACUUUGGAUGCACAUCAACCCCAAAAGGACUUGUUGAAAAGGACGCCUAGAGCAGCUCGUCAAAACAUUUUAUACAAGUGUUUUGUUGGUCGAAAUAACGCUCUAAAAUGAUCAAAAUCAAACAGAAAAAAUCAUUUCUCAUUGAGGAUGUAUACAGCUGCUGUCAGUGUUUGUUGAAUAAUAAAAACAAAUCAUGAAAAAGAAAAAAA